CGCCAAACAAAGAUAUGAGGAUCUUCACAAAACCGUCUGCACCACUCUGCCUCCUUUUUGUCUUCCUCUGUCUUAAAACUGCCUUCCCAUCCUCUAUACAUGCUUCUUCCUUCUCAACAACGCAUCUCUGCUCUCAUGAGGAGGCUCUUGCUUUGCUGCAAUUCAAGACUUCCUUUUCCAUCAAUUUCACUGUUUCGAAUCCUGAUUACUGUGCGAAUCUUUUUUAUACCAAACCUAAUUAUUCUAAGAUUGAGUCAUGGAAGGAAGGUAUAGAUUGUUGUUCUUGGGAUGGGGUUAGCUGUGAUAAUGUCACAGGCCAUGUAAUUGCCCUUAAUCUCAUCUGCAGUCACCUUUCUGGCACCUUUCCUUCCAACAGCACUCUUUUUCUCCUCAAAAACCUGCAGAGCCUCAAUCUUGCUUUCAAUGAUUUUAGGCUUUCCAAGAUUCCACCAGAAAUCAGUACAUUAGUUUCUCUCAAUCUGUCUAAUUAUUACAUUUCUUCUGACUUGAUCCUUGAAACAACUACCUUCAAAAAUCUUGUUCAUAACUUGAGUGAGGUGAGAGAACUUGUGCUUAAUGGAGUGAACAUGACUUCUGUUAAUCCUCGUUUCUUCAUGAAUCUCUCUUCUUCUUUGACUACUCUUCGUCUUUUUAAUUGUCAGUUAAGAGGAAACUUUCCAAACAAUACUUUCCGCUUUCCAAAUCUCAAGAGAUUUAGUUUAGGUGGAAAGGGAAACCUCACUAUUGAUCUUCCAAGUUCCAAUUGGAGCAGUCCUCUCCAACGGUUGUACUUAGGUUCCAUUCCAGCUUCCAUAGGGAACUUAUCUGAACUAACUGUCCUAAGCCUCUUUUCUAACAAUUUUAACAGACAAAUCCCAACAUCACUUGCAAACCUCACACAACUUACCUCUCUUUACCUUUCCAAUAAUCAGUUUUCUGGUCCUAUUCCAACAUCACUUGCAAACCUCACACAACUUACCUCUCUUGACCUUUCCAAUAAUCAGUUUUCUGGUCCCAUUCCAGCUUUCAUAGGUAACUUAAGGCAACUUACUAGCUUAAACCUCUAUUCUAACAAUCUUGGCAGACAAAUCCCAUCAUCACUUGCAAACCUCACCCAACUUACCUCUCUUGACCUUUUCAAUAAUCAGUUUUCUGGUCCCAUUCCAGCUUCCAUAAGUAACUUAAGGCAACUUACUGGCCUACACCUCGAUGCUAACAAUCUUAGUGGACAAAUCCCAUCAUCACUUGCAAACCUCACACAACUUAGUUAUCUCUCCCUUUCUUAUAACUUACUUAAUACGUUGCCACCUUGGCUUUUCACCCUACCUUUCUUAGAGUCCUUGUAUCUCAAUCAUAACCAACUUCAAGUACCUAAUAUGUUCUCGGCACUUCAAAAUCUCGAAAUUCUUGACCUUUCUCAUAACAACUUAAUUGGGAAGAUUCCAAAUUGUCUUCCUAAGUCUCUCUCAGCGUUGAAUUUGCAAGCCAAUUACUUUGAUGGAUAUAUAGCAUUUGGGUUUCUAGAGAGCUGUGGAUUACGAAAUCUCAACUUACAUGGAAAUCAAAUGGACGGCUUAUUACCAAGGUCUUUGGUGAAUUGUCGCAUGUUAGAGGUUCUAGACGUUGGCAACAACAACAUAAGUGAUACAUUCCCUCAUUGGUUGGAAUCCCUACCAGACCUUCAAGUGCUUGUCUUAAGGUCCAACAAGUUCCACGGUUCUGUGCAGAGCACCAAAGAAAGUCCAUCUUUUCCCAAGUUGCGAGUUUUGGACCUCUCCAGCAAUUAUUUUGUUGGUGCUUUGCCUGUUCAGUACAUUGAAAAUUUUGAUGCGAUGAUGGACCCUCAUAAAGAUGGUGGUUCCCCUGAAUACAUGAUGGUGUUGACGGUAGCCAAUUCUUAUCAAUAUUCACUGGUUGUGACAUGGAAGGGAUUCGACUAUGAGCUACAGAAAAUCUUGACCGUAUUCAGUAGUAUUCAUCUCUCAAAUAACAUGUUUGAGGGAGAAAUUCCAGAUGUUAUUGGAAAGCUUAGUUCUCUCAAAGGGCUUAAUCUUUCUCAUAACAACCUUACUGGUCAUAUCCCACCGUCGCUAGGGAAUUUGACGAAUCUGGAAUGGUUGGAUCUCUCUUCCAACAAGCUGGCGGGGAAAAUUCCCGAUGAAUUGGUAUCUUUGACACAACUCUCAGUAUUGAAUCUUUCAAAUAAUCAUCUUAUCGGACGCAUACCACAAGGCAACCAGUUCAACACCUUUGGAAAUGGUUCUUAUGAAGGAAACCUUGGACUAUGAGUUGUAGUAAUUGGAUAUGCAGCACUUCCAUUAUCCACCCAUGCACGGUUGCGAUCAGAAAUUUCUCUAUUGAUUAUGAAAGAACUGGUUCCACAGUAUCUUCAAGAAAAUGGAAAGGAGAGGUUGGAUUAUUUGGAAGAUGGAAAAACUAUUUUUAAAUUGCAAUUAAGGCUUUGCUCAUCUUUUUACCCAAUUAAUGAGUGCAUAUGGGAUUUUUUUCUUGAAUACGAUAAACACACUCUUUGAACAAGUCCUCCAUGUGGUUCUGAACUUUUGGAGGUAUAUUGGCUAUGCUUCUUUCUUCAGUCUUUACAGUUGUCUUGGUUAAAUCCAUUAUGAGUAUUCAUAAUCUCUUUAGUUUUGGUGUUUUAUAAUUUUCAAGUCAACUGAAAUUAUUCUGUGG